CAAAACCAGCAAACGGUGCGUUUUGCUGUUACUGAUAAUAAAAUAACCGUCUGGGCAGCAGAGGCGCGAAAUAAACCAGCAUAAAACAGAAAUCCAGUUGUUCUCUGCAGGAAUGGAAGGUGAAGAAGAGGAAAAAUUAAAAGGUGAAACAAAGGAGAAAAUUGUCCAGAUUUUUAAAGAUUUUUUGACCAGUGUGGCAAAGCUUGAUGAAUUGGUGGCUGUCGGAGGCAGACUACUAACUGGCUUUCAGCAAGGACUGGAGUUUCUUCGACGCCCUCCAAUAAACACGACAUCUAAGUUGAUUGAAAACAUUAUUAAAGCUAACGAAACAAAGAGGUUGAAAUCAUACCUUCAAGCUGGUUGUAUUAAAAGUCAUGACAGUGUACAAAAUAUGAACAAGUUACAUACAAGCCUACUUGGACUACAUGAUCACUUAAUUGAAGUCAAAAGCAUACUGAAUGAUCUUGAAUCUCUCUUGGAGGAUGCCAGAGCUGCGUUGCAAACUGCAAAUGAACAUUUUUCUCCUUUGUUGGACAAGGAACCUGUUGAUGGACUAGACCUACAAGAAAGGAGUGGUGAGGGUGAAAUGGCUCCAUCUCAUCUUCGAGAACCUGAAGUGACAGAUUAUGCUGCCCUGAUGGGGAUCAUUUAUAGUAUGGUGAAGCAGGACUAUGUGAUGCAGGAUAAGAUCGUUACUUCUCUAAAUGUCAAGUCAUCAUCAGGAGAACUAGAGAGCUACUCCCUGAUGUGGUCUUUGCGACCUUACAUAAAUGAUCAAAUUAUGCAUCUAGCAUGGAAACUUGUUCCUUGAAUGUUUCAGGAAUCCAGACUGUAUAUUAUUUUUUCCCAGCAGACUAUACUUAUUUUGAAUUAUGCCUCGCUUUCUUAUACAUGUUUGGUACUUCGUAGCUGAGAAAUAAUCCACACUUUUAUAUAGCAUACGUAAAAGAGCCUCCAUGGUCGAAUGACUUGCUCUGGUGAAAUGAUUGAACACAAACUAUAUCCUCAAGUCCUUGGCAUAGGCAUUAGGCAACCAUGUCUAGGUAAUCAAAAGCUGAGUGUACUAGUAGUUAAGCACAGAAAACAGAGACUAGAGGGUACUUAUCGGCAAGCAUUGAACACUCAACAGCUUAUCUCGCCCUUUUUUUUUUCUCUUUUUAAUUGUUUGGAUUAACAUGACAUAUGCACUAACGAUUCGACUACAAGUUUAUAAAUCUAUGUGAUAAACUAAAAGCUAAAGUGUCGAGUACUCGAAUAAUUCUUUCUAACUUUGAUUUAUUCCCCUCACU